CAGUACUGGCCCGAAUAUUUACAACGGAAAAGGGCGACCCUUUAACCCCUUAGUUCUGAGCACAUCAUUCUCAUUAACCCUUCUUAGAAGGAGAGGGAGGGGAAACACAUGCAGCUGGGCCGCCUAUUUCCCGGUAGCGUUACACCUGCCUUGGCUACAAGCGGAAAUGACUUUGUAGUGCAGGCUUAUUUCCGGGUAAAACAAAUUGCCAUUCUCUGUAAGUAAAUUCAGCAGGUCACAUGGUGCUGCGACGUAAUGCGGCCGGACGGUUUGCUGCGCAGACUCCGCUCCUCUCGGGUGACGUCACAGGGCCCAGCCCAGCUGUCAGUUGGAGCCCAGCGGCCGGAUCCGGUGUCAGGAUGAGAGGCCGGUAGGGGGGGUCGUGGAUAUGAAUGACACCACAUGGGUAGAUAAAUGUGGGAGCCCAAGUGAGGAGGACAAGAUGCGGAGCCCUCAGAACCUUGCUGGUCCAGAAGACGAUGAUUCCUCCUCAGAGAGCUGUAAUGGGAACGUAUUCUCCAUACUGAAUCCGCCCACCAAUCUGUCCAACGCUGCCCGGGAUGGGUCCCUGCCUGACAUUAAUGGCAAUUCCACUAAUUCCCUUCUGGAACUCAGUGCCACUCCUGAAGAUCAGCCCAUGAAUCUGAGCGACAAAAUGCGUUCAUCCCUGGGUGUCCCCCCAUAUACACCUGACAACGACGCUUUAAGGAACAGGGGCAAAUACACCCUAAAAGCCACCUCAGAGUCACCACCUUACAGCUCUGGAAGUUACGACUCGGUUAAGACAGAAGUGAGUGGCUGUGCAGAGGAUCUGAGUGUUAGUAGGACCCCUGCAGGGGAGGAUGAUGAUGAUGAUGAUCAUGAAGAUAACGAUCGUAUCACAGACUCUGAAGGGCUGGACCCCGAGCGUCUAAAAGCUUUUAAUAUGUUUGUGCGUCUCUUUGUGGAUGAAAAUCUUGACCGAAUGGUUCCAAUUUCCAAGCAACCAAAAGAGAAGAUUCAGGCCAUUAUUGAGUCCUGCAGUCGCCAGUUUCCAGAAUUCCAGGAGCGUGCCAGGAAGCGGAUCCGAACUUACCUGAAAUCCUGCCGGCGUAUGAAGAAGAACGGCAUGGAGAUGGCCAGACCUACACCCCCCCAUCUGACCUCCGCUAUGGCUGAGAAUAUUCUGGCCGCUGCCUGUGAGAGUGAGUCCCGGAAAGCAGCCAAAAGGAUGAGACUGGAGGUUUAUCAGGCUUCUCAGGAUGACAUUUCCCUGGAGAAACCCACUGGGACGACACAGUCCCCCUAUUCGCUCCCCUCGGGCACCUACACUCAGGACCCCGUGUACAUGAAUGGGAGUCUCCACUAUUCCUACCGGGGAUACGGAACGGCCCCCGCCUCACUGCCCACUGGGAAUCACUGCAAUGGUCCCACGGAUCUCAGUAUGAAAGGCCUGGCUACAGGCAGUGCCCACCCCUCUGGUACCAACCGGGCCGCGCCAUGUACCCAACUCAGCCCGACUGAGAUCGGCGCCGUGCGUCAGCUGAUUGCUGGAUACCGAGAAUCCGCUGCGUUCCUUUUGCGAUCGGCCGAUGAACUGGAGAACUUGAUAUUGCAGCAGAACUGACUGGCGCCCCUUCCUGACCUCAGGCCCCAUGUGUGGCUGUAAGGCUGGGGCCCCCUGGUCUGUGCCCCCUGGCCGCUGCCCAUAGCGGGGGAGCCUCGGGCCCCUGCCUGCACUACUCCUUACAUGCACCCUACUGUUGGCCCGUGGCACCACUCUCCUAUUUAUUGAGAAGAGAAUUUCUCCUUUUAGUAAUUUAUUUUUCUGUUUGUACAGAAUGUGGGUUUGUACUGGUUCCGUGUAGCACUGAGCUCUCUCAUUCCAUCCCAGCACUGGGUCCGUUUGUCCCACCCGCGCUCAGGUUCUGCUGGGGGGCCCCCGGGGCCACAUUCCCUACACUAAUGUUGGCUAAUUGCUGCUAGAACUCACCUAUCAGGUAAUCUCUCCCCAGAGACAUGUUGUUGAUCUACAACUCUCCGGCUCGGUCCCCUCUCCCCAGUUUUGCACAGAGAUUGGCAAACGGAAUCUUUUGCUUCUCUCCACUCAGGCAGAUCCCAUUCUCACCCAUUGGCUUGUGUUAGCUCCACCCGCAACCAGCUCUCAAUCAAUGAAUCUCCCUGUGUGUGUGUCCGUUUCAUUUCAUUGUGUGGCCCAUAGACAUUCCCGCGGGACUCAAGGCACUUAUAAUGCAUUUUAUACAAUAUGUUCUGUAUUACCCUCUUCAUUGUGUCCCAUUCUGCAUGUUCCCCCCCAAAUGAGGGCUCCAAGGGCCGCAGGCACCUCUCCGCUAAUAUGGAUAUGUGGGACAGGGAGCCCUAUUAGAGGGGCUUUCCUGGGGGCACCGUCUCGCUGGCAGUAUGUACAGAGCAGAGUACGAUCUGAUUGCCUGGGGCUCUGUCUCACACAAUCUCCUUACUGAGCACUUUGCUUCCAUUCCUUUCCCUGGGGGUGAGAGAGAUGCACAGCACAUACGUGUAAAUAGAAUGGGGGGUACUAUUUCACGUGGGCCACAUACCGUUAGAAGGGGUGUCUGUUGUCUUUGUGUUUCCUUCCCCCCCCCCAGAAUUCAUUGCUUUGUGUGUGAAUAGAUAUCGGUUGCUUUGUAAACUGGGCUUUGGACAAUUUGCUUUGUGUUUACAUGUACAGACCCGGGGGAGGGGCUUCUCUGCGCCACAGCGCCUAUUUCCUGCCAUUGUUUCCAACAGCUCAGGUAAAACCAAUGUACAGCACCCAGCAGGGCUCACCCAUGACCCUAGAAUCCCAUUCCGGCCGUUCCACCUAUGUCCUUUGCAUCCUAUUCCAGCCAGCCCCCCCGCAUCCAUAAAAUCCCUUUCCGGCCGGCCCACCCUCAUCCCUUGUUGCAUCCCGUUCUAGCCAGCCCACUCGCAUCCAUAAAAUCCCUUUCCGGCCGGCCCACCCUCAUCCCUUGUUGCAUCCCAUUCUAGCCAGCCCACUCGCAUCCAUAAAAUCCCUUUCCGGCCGGCCCACCCACAUCCCUUGUUGCAUCCCAUUCCAGCCAGCCCAGUCGCAUCCAUAAAAUCCCUUUCCGGCCGGCCCACCCACGUACCUUGUUGCAUCCCAUUCUAGCCAGCACACCCGCAUCCAAAAAAUCCCAUUCCGGCCAGCUCACUCGCAUCCAUAGAAUCUCAUUUCAGCCGGCCCACCCUCAUCAAUAGAAUCCCAUUCCAGUCGGCCCAACCGCAUCCCUAAAAUCCCAAUCCGGUUGGCCCAACCGCAUCUAUAGAAUCCCAUUCCAGCCAUCCCACCAUGUCCCUAGCAUCCCAUUCCAGCCAGCCCACCCCGGCUGGCCCAGCCACCCGCAUCCCUAGAGUCCCAUUCGGGCCCAGCUACCCAUGUCCCUAGAAUCUUAUGUUGACUGGCCUACCAUUCAUUCCUAGAAGCCAAUUCCAGCAGGCCCACCCAUGACCAUAGCAUUCCGGCCAGCCCACCCAUGUCCAUAACAUUCCAGCCGUCCCACCCACGUCCCUAGAACCCCAUUCCGGUUGUACAUUCCCCUGCAGUCCCCUUGCCCCACUGUGAGACGGAUUCUACUGGUCAGAACAAGAGACACAGGCUACCUCCUCCUCUGCAUCUUUUGUACCACUCUGACUCCUCCCCCAUCCGUGUUACCCCAACCCGGUGUCUGUGACCUAAUGUGUCGCACUGCACUUGACCUCGGCUUCCUGGGGAGGCGCUGCUCCACACUGGCUUCCUAUAGGGCAAGAGCAGCCCCACGGGAGCGGAUAAGACAGCGACAUACAAAUAUAUAUAUAUAUAGAUAUAAUAUAUCAGAUCUAUUUAUUGUUCUGUGCUUUCUUUUCUAGUAACUGUGCUUCUUUAUUUUCAUUUGUUGGAUGUUUUUGUCAGCCGAUGUGACGUGUAAAGCGACAGUCUAAUCCCGCUCUCAGAGACCCCCGAGCUGUCUCUCUCUCUCUCUCUCACAGUAACCAAGGUAUUAAUUGCUAAAUGCACUGACUGGCCACAAAGUGGAACCCACCCUUUUUAAAAUGUGUCAUAUGUAAGAAUAACAAAUAAAUGACCACUGCUUAACGA